UUAGGGGAAAUGAAACUCAGCCUUAUUCGCAAUCUGACAGCACUGCAGCCGAGAACAUCAACAAAAGACGGGAAAUAUGCCAUGAUCAAAGCCAUCCGCUCUCCGUGGGACUAAAAAAUACCUGAAAUUAGUCAAAGACCACUGAAGGAAGUCCCACCGAGGGCUACAUCAGUUUCAUCUCUCAUCACAGUGACGUCUGAACUGACUUUUAAUAAAAGCCACACUGAUCCUGAGCCAGAGCGGUGAGGUUUUCUGCACCCCUUCACUCUCAGUGUUUAUAGGGUUAAUCACGCACAUGCAUCAAUGAUUUGAUCUCAGACUCAACAGCAUGAAUGAACUGAUCGUAUGCUGUUGAAGGGAAAGCAGACAGGGAGGGAAGUGCGUGAGAAGAACAGGUGGGUAAUGGAGGAAACAUCCGGCCUUCAAGAUGAAGACACGUCCACAACACAGAGUCCAGUUCAGCAGGACAGAUCAGUCCCAUCAGCACCCAGCUGUGUGUCUCUCAAGAGUGACCAUUCCAUGGAGCCUCCAAUCACCAUUAAUGAUAAACCCCCACCUUCUGGACAUCAUCCGGUUCAGCAGGACAGAUCAGUCCCAUCAGCACCCAGCUGUGUGUCCCUCAAGAGUGACCACUCUAUGGAUCCUCCGAUCACCAUUAAUGAUAAACCCCCACCUUCUGGACAUCAAAUGACGUCGCUGAGAAGUAAUGAAACUAGCAGUACUGUGGAACAGAGCAUCUGUGUCAGUCCUAAAGGCCCUGCAAUGUUAUCAUUUACUGGGCAUGAAUCGUACGAGAAGUAUAAAGCCAAUCUGAAGGAUAGGUUUCAACGAUUAUCUGACGGACUACAACAUCAUGGACAUUCAGUGCUCCUUAAUGAGAUCUACACGGAGCUCUACAUUACUGAGGGAGGAAUUGGAGAGGUCAAUAAUGAACAUGAAGUGAGACAGAUUGAGAUGGCAGCCAGGACACAGUCAUCAACGGACGACACGCCAAUCAAAUGCAACGAUAUCUUUAGACCUUUGCUUGGACACGAUAAACUGAUCAAAACCGUGCUAACAAAGGGGGUGGCAGGUAUCGGAAAAACUGUCUCUGUGCAGAAGUUCAUUGUGGACUGGGUUGAAGGUGAAGCAAAUCAGGACAUUCGCUUCAUAUUUCCACUUCCUUUCAGGGAGCUGAACUUGAUCAACACCCAGCCCUUCAGUCUGGAGGGUCUUGUUCAUCAUUUCUUUCCGCAAAUUAAAGACAUGAAGUUCACCCACAUUGCUGAUCACAACACUGUAUUUAUCUUUGAUGGCUUGGAUGAACGUCGAUUGUCCUUGAACUUCCUAAACGGUGCAGUCAUAACCGACGCAACUGACAUGACCACAGUGGACGUUCUGUUGACAAACCUCAUCAAGGGCAAUCUGCUUCCCUCUGCAAAAAUCUGGAUAACCUCCCGGCCAGCUGCAGCAGGCCAGAUUCCUGUCGAAUUCAUUAGUCAAGUCACAGAGAUUCGGGGGUUCAAUGACCCUCAGAAAGAAGAAUACUUCAAGAAAAGAAUCACUGACCAAAGUCUGGCUGACAGAACCAUCAUGCACCUGAAAUCUUCAAGGAGCCUCUACAUCAUGUGCCACAUACCGGUCUUCUGUUGGAUUUCGGCCACCGUUCUGGAGAAGAUGUUGAGAGAUGCAGAAGGUACAACAAUACCCAGGACUUUGACCCAAAUGUACACACAUUUUCUCAUCAUCCAAACGUGCAUCAGAAAGGAGAAGUACAGUCAGACUGGACACACUGAUAAAGAGAUGAUUUUCAAGCUUGGGCAGCUUGCCUUCAAACAAUUGAUAAAAGGCAACCUGAUCUUCUACGAAGAAGACUUGAAGGAGUGUGACAUUGAUGUCAAGGAUGCAGUAGUAUACUCGGGAGUGUGCACACAGAUCUUCAGAGAGGAGUCUGAACUGUAUCUUGGACAGGGCAAGGUGUUCUGCUUUGUCCACUUGAGCAUUCAGGAACAUCUUGCCGCUUUGUACGUGUAUGUAUCCUUCAGUGAAGGUAACAAAGCGGUGCUCAAUCAGUGGAAUCCAACAAAGAUUGCUGCUACAUUUUCAUGUUCAUCCAUCUCUGACCUUCAGCAGAGUGCAGUGGACAAGGCCUUGAGAAGCACAAACGGUCAGUUUGACCUGUUUCUCCGCUUCCUUCUUGGCCUUUCCCAGGAAAGCAACCAGUCUCUCCUGCAAAUGCUGCUGCCACAGGUAUCAGCUUGUGGUUCCCAUAAUGUUGAAAAGACAAUCGAUUAUAUCAAGAUUCGCCUCAGGAUGAACCUCUCUCCAGAGAAGUACAUCAACCUCUUUCACUGCCUGAACGAGCUGAAUGACUCUUCCCUGCAAGAUGAGAUACUAAACUUACUAAGUGCUGGACGCCUCUCAAAGACCAAACUCUCCCCAGCACAGUGGUCAGCUCUGGUGUUUGUGUUGCUGACCUCAGAGAGGGAAGUGGAGGUCUUUGACUUGAGGAAAUACAGCCUGAACAACGCAGACGAAUGCCUUUACAGAAUGCUGCCUGUCGUGAAGGCCUCAAGAACAGCCGAUAGCAGCAGUGGCAGGAGGAACUUGAGCACAGCAAGGCUAUCAGGAAGAGGGGUCAGGCAUUGUAACCUCUCCGAUAAAGGUUUUCAAGCUCUGACUUCAGCUCUGAGCUCAAAAUCUUCAAAUCUUAGAGAACUGAAACUCAGUGGUAAUGUAAUGCAUGGGUCUGGCACACAAAUUCUUUCUGAAGGUCUCAAGAGUCCACACUGUAAACUGGAGACACUGGAUCUGUCUGAUUGCGAAAUCAAAGAAAAAGACUGCUGUUUGCUGGCCUCAGCUCUCAACUCAAACCCUCUGCACCUGAGAGAGCUCGAUUUGAGCUUCAACUUUCUUGGAGAUUUUGGUAUGAAGCAGCUCUCUGAGGUCCUGCGGAAACCAAGCUGUAGGCUGGAGAAAUUAAAGUUGUUUUGCUGUGAACUAACAGCGAAGAGCUGUGUGGCCCUGUCCAUAGCACUGAAAUGCAACACCAGCUUGACUGAGCUGGAUUUGAGUAAAAAUGCUCUUCAGGACUCUGGAGUAAAGCAGCUCUCUGCAGGACUGAGGAAUUCUCACUCGAAGCUCAGGAGUCUUAGCCUGGCAGACUGUGGCCUCACAGAGGUUGGCUGCAGUUUACUGUGUGCUGCUCUGAGGUCAAAAUUCUUUCACCUGAGUGAGCUGUAUCUGAACUUCAACUCGCUCAGAGACCCCGGGGUGAAGUUCAUCUGUGAAUUCCUGAAACAGCCGCACUGCAAGCUAGAAAAACUAAGCCUGUCACAGUGUGAUAUCUCAGAAGGGGGCUGUGCUGCUCUGGCCUCGGCUCUCCGGCUGAACCCGUCACACCUGAGAGAGCUGGAACUGAGUGGGAAUAAACCAGGAAGUUCAGGAAAGCAACUGCUUAAAGCUCUGCAAGAGCAUAAAGACUUCAGAUUGGAAAAGUUAAAAAUAUAGAAGACUAAUGCAGGAUCAUCUACACAGGGACAAGACAAGAGGUCUUCUGCCACAACCAGCGAGGGGUUUCAAUGCAGUACACUGUAUGUAUGCUUAUGAAAUGAUAGCACAGAAGAGUAACAUGGGAUAUGACUUACAUUAUGUACAUCCAAACCAGGAGCUGGACAGUGUUUUUAUGGAGUCUAUGAUGUCCCUUGUCCCUUUUGUGCUCCCUACUCUGUGUCAUGUGGCUCAGGAGGACGUUUACUUCAAUUUAACCCAGUGUAGCUCUGUUAUACAUUCAGUAAGUUCUUCAACAAACCAGCCUCAAAUUCCAGGUGAUGUUGAAUGUUGUCUGGAUUCGUGUAACCACUGCAGAGGAAUCAGCCCUUUUUUUAGGAACAUAAGUCAUUUUUUUCUAGCAAAUCACAGCCACAAAGCUGCUGGAUAUCUCUCACUGAGUGAACUGGAUGAAUCCAACAUGCCAAUGAAAGGACAAUGUCAGUUUAGUUCUUUUUACAAUCAAUUAAAAAGCGAGCUAAAGCUAACAAGCACAUCACAAGUGUCUGUUUUGAGAUAAACUUUUUUAUAGGUGGGACAAUCUUCAGAAAUGAUGAGAGUCAUUAGACAAUCAGGUUCCACUCUAUUCAUUACUACUAGUAUUAAAAUCUCCUAUCACUAGAUGUCCUCGCAGGCACCUGGUACCAAGACUACUUAUUAGAGAACACAGUCAGUGGCUCUAUCUUUAGGAUCUUGGUUCCCCAGCAGUGUCACCAAUGCCGGAGUGGGUAAUUGGGAGAAUUCCUGGUGUGCUGGUAAUGUUUUGGGCCACUUAUUGUGAGCUAAUCUAUAAACUCACGCAUAGAAGCACAAGAACACUCAGACAAACUGUAACUGGUUCAUCCAAGUGUGCAUAUAUAGUAAUUUAGAGAUUAGACAAAGCUGAGGUUAGCUUCUUAUGCUUCUUAUUUCCUGUUCCACCUUAAAUCAUGCAGCAUUUACAUAUAGGUGCCUUUUUUCGGGCACUAGCGUGUAAGUGCUGCACCAUUUAAGGCGGAGCGGAAUUUCCAAUAGGAAGUUAACAUCAGCCUCGAGAUUAAGUGUGACAAUGUGGUGCUCGCAACACAACAGAUAUCGCUCCACUGAGUUUAUUACUGUUUUUGCGAUUUUCAUAAGUGAAUUAUGUGAAGAUGGACAGCAGCAGCAAGAACGGCAGGUAUGAAAAAGCCAGUUAAGGAGGAUGAGGAGAUAUCCGAGCAGGUGGACAGUGAGAAAUUACGUUAACUUAAGUUUCUUAGCUAACAUUAGCAUUGUUUGUAGCAUAUUGGCUGUCGUGAUUAUUAAGUCACAUUUAAGACAAAAACUUGCAUCAGUCUAGCCACUUUGUUUAUCUCAGUAUAGCACAUAAAUAAUAAAUAAGGGAUAAGAGUAAGAAAAGAAGAUGAAAAUGCACAGAUUUCAGAAAAAGUUAUGUUGCACAAAGGCAUUGCUGUGUGUUUAGCAGAGUUUAAGGUGGGCUGGUCUGCAUCGUAUAACUCCUGGUCUGAGAACAAGUCCCACUCCGGCCCUGGUUGCCACAGCCGUCUGUGGAUAGCAAGAAAGCAUAAUUGGCCUUGCUUUCUCUUGGUGCUGAGGUUGUCCAUCUCCCACAACCACCCUCCUGGGUAUGAAUUAUCCAAUGACAUUGUGUUAGCGGCAGCUUGAAAAGACUCAGUAGCACUUCACGUGUCUUAGAGGAAGCUUCGUCCUCCCUGCUUGGUGAUCUUGUGAUGGGGAGAUUUAGGUAGAGGGUGGAAUUUGCCAGGACUAAACUGUAGAGAAAAGAGUUUUAAGCAAUAUCUGUUCAAAAGUGUUGGUUGCUGGUUUAGGUCUAAAGCAAGACUUUUCCUAAAUGUGACAUUUAUAAAGCUUGUUGACUCUGUUUUUAUGAAAUGAUAUGCUGUGAACAUGGAUCUAAAUAGCCUGAGAUAUGACUCAUCAGCUGUACUCUUUUAUAAAUGAGUUACUCGAUUCAUCAUUUUUUGUUUGAUGAUACUGCUUUGUUUACAGCUAUGAGCUAUAAUAUGUGGACUAGUACAGAUCCCACUCGUUUGAAAUGAAACAAAACCUUUUAUAUUUUAUUUAUUGUUUUUUUACAUCACUUGAAACCAGUAGAUAUGCUCCAAAAUGACUUGUUCCAUUCACUUCUAUUCAAAUUCAAGAAUACCUUUUUUCGAUUUGUCAUGUAAAGUAAUCACUUUGGUUUGGUUGCAACAGCGAUGAUAUGCUGAAAAAUGUAUUUUAAGUGUAGUAUUCCCAAUUUUAUAUCAUUUGUCACAACUUUAAAAGAUUUUUAAAUGUAAGAAGCUUUGUGAUAUCUGAUUACUCAUGUCUUGCAUGAAAAUUAGACAUAUCAACUGCAGCAUUCCGUCACUAGAGGUCAGUAUUCAUCAAAGUAUGAUCUGAAAGCUGUAACGUGUAGGUGGACUGGGAUUCAGAAACAGCUUGGAUUUAAAGCUGAUGCAUAGCGACACAUAACUUGGCGUAAGAAGCACAAAAGCUGAACUUCAAUGGAAUAAGUAUUAACAAUAAGUGUAACAUCACUCACCUGUUCCUACAUUCAGAUCUGUUUACAUGUGGACACAAGCCUAAGAUCACCUUCAACCUACAGUAUCUACUGACAACUGUCAAACAUGAUAGAAGAUCCAAGAUGUUAUGCGUUAAUUUCAUUGGAGCCACUGGGUCCAGCGAUUGUUCUGUAUUGCUGGUGGUGAUGGCCAAGUAAUCUGAGGCUUGUGUUCACUAAUGCACUGUAUAGCUGCUCUCAUCAAACUCCUCUAAUCCAAUAUUAUAGCACACCAAUACAACGUUAAAGGAACACAAAAGUGGUUUCAACACCAGUGAGACGGUGAACAACUUUCAUGUAAAAGAUGGCACUACUCUUCUUCAUAAGGUUAUUAUGUUAAUUAUAUUAAUGUAAUACUGGGUGUUUCCCGUUAGUCAGUCUGUUGUCUGUCUGUGUAUUAGGGCCAGUGCCAUGAUGGGUUUCUUCCUGAUCUGUACAGUAUAUUGUAUUAUUUUUAACAUAUAUUGGUCAUAUUUGCACAGGGCUUGGGAAAGGUGCUACACGAUAAAUAAACAUUUUUCUAUGUAAAAAUAAA